AUGGGCGAAAUGUCUAACUUUGCGCGACCCCGCUCCGGCCACUGGUAUUUUUCUCUGAAGGAUGAGAAUGCUCAGGUCCGGUGUGCGAUGUUUGCCAAUCGCAACAGAUCGGUGGCCCUGCAGCCUGGCGAUGGACAAUUGGUCAUCGCCCGGGGCCGGGUCAGCCUGUAUGAAGGCCGGGGCGACUUUCAGGUGAUUGUUGAUUCCCUGGAAGCCGCCGGUGAAGGCGCCCUGCGACAGGCAUUUGAUCAGCUGAAAUUAAAGCUGGCGGCAGAGGGGCUGUUCGAUGCCCAGCUCAAGCAACCGUUACCUGCCAUUCCGCAACAUGUCGCUGUCAUCACUUCACCUACAGGCGCCGCCAUACGGGAUGUUAUUGCGGUGUGGCAGAGACGUUUUCCAGGUCUGCGUGUGACGCUCAUUCCCAGCUCGGUGCAGGGACCCGCAGCAGAAGCUGAACUACUGGCGGCGUUUGAAAAGCUGCCGAUGCUGGCACCCGAUAUAGUGUUGCUUACCCGCGGUGGCGGCAGCCUGGAAGAUUUAUGGUCAUUUAACCUGGAGUCUGUUGCCCGGGCCUGUGCAGCCUGUCCGUUCCCGACCGUCUCAGCUGUCGGGCAUGAAAUCGACGUGAGUAUCUGUGAUUUUGUUGCAGACGUACGGGCACCUACCCCGUCAGCAGCUGCCGAAUUAAUUGCCCCUGACGCAGCCGCCAUGCAGCUGACACUGCAGCAGCAACUGCGCAACCUGACCAGGGUAUGGCAACGCGAUCUGCACAGCCAUCAGCAGCAGAUAAAACAUCUACAGCGACGCCUGCCGAAUCCUGAGCAGAUCAUCACCCGAUUCGGCCAGCGCAUCGACGACGCCAGUCUGCGGCUGGAGGCCGCUUUUGAACGCAAGCUUAAUUUUUUACGCCUGCAGGUCACCAGUCAGCAAAAACAGCUGCAGGCCCUGGGGCCCACCGAACAGUUACUCAGUGCAAAGCGUAAUCUCGCCUCGCUCCAGACCCGCCUGGCUUACACGAUGCGCCAACAACUCGCUACCCGGACAAACCGCAUAGCUGGCAUCAGUCGUAUGUUGCACGGUGUCAGCCCGUUGCCUACCAUCAACCGCGGCUUUGCGCUGGUCGAAAACAAUUCGGGUAACGUUGUUGCCUCGAUCGAACAGCUUGAUGAGGGUGACAUCACUACAACCUAUCUACAGGAGAAACAAGUGAUCAAACUGGUUGGAGCAAUUUUAUUAUCUGGCCUCUAUAUCAUUGCGGCUCACGCCGAUGACACAAUUGCGCAACCCAGCCCUGCAACCACCAGCGUGCCCGGUGGGGUUUAUGUCUGGACGCCACCGGCAAACGCUACAGACAUCACUUUCCAGGGCAGCACGGUGAUGCGUUACGGACAACAGGUACUGGUUGGCUUGCCUAUAAGCGCGAAGCCAGGGACAGCAACGCUUCGCUACGUGGCAGAUGGGCAACCCCAGCGGCAUUCGUUUGUCAUCGAAGACAAAACCUACACCGAACAAAGGCUGACGAUUGAAAACAAGGCCAUGGUCACACCACCACCGGAAACCCUGUCGCGUAUACGCGCGGAGUCCGUUCGACAGAAAGCUUUAUACAAUACGUUUGCGCAAAGCGCGGAUUUAAGUGAUGGUUUUCAACUACCGCUGGAAGGCAUUACCACGAGUUUGUUUGGACAUCGUCGAUUUUUUAACGACCAACCACGCAGUCCGCAUAGCGGCCUGGAUAUCGCAGCUGAUACCGGCACACCGGUCAGCGCUGCAGCCAGCGCCACGGUCACGCUGGCUGAUGACCUUUACUUCAACGGCAAAACCUUAUUCCUGGACCACGGACAGGGGUUAAUCACCAUGUACUGCCACUUAUCAGAACUUCUGGUCGAAGAAGGUGAUCAGGUUACCCAGGGUGAGGUGAUUGGUCUGGUUGGGGCAACCGGACGCGUCACCGGGCCGCACCUGCACUGGUCUGUGAGUCUGAAUGGAUAUCGCGUAGACCCUGAGACUUUUCUCGCCACCAUCAAUCGCUUGCGGGAACUGCCUUAG